AUGAGUGUAUCGGAAGGUCUUCAUGUUAGAUUACCGACUCUUUAUCAUUCAGAAACUGAACCCAUUUCUUAUUCCCCCGUUACACAACCCACAACCCCCAUUUGUCCAUCAGACUCAAACUGGGCAAACAAAUAUGAUGAUUUCGACAUUGGAAACCCCAUUGGCUAUGGAUCGUCAGCCGUUGUAUAUGAAGCUAUUUAUAAACCAUUAAAAAAGAGAGUAGCCAUCAAAAUGAUUGAUCUAGAUAUGUUUGAACGUAACCAAAUUGAUGAACUUAGGCGUGAGACUGCCUUAAUGGCCUUAUCCAAACACCCUAAUGUCUUGCGAGUGUAUGGAUCAUUUGUCAAUGGCUCGAAAUUAUACAUUGUGACACCCUAUUUAGCAGCAGGUUCGUGUCUGGACAUCAUGAAGAGUAGUUUCCCCGACGGUUUCGACGAGAUCUCCAUUGCUACCAUUCUACGUCAAGCCUUGGAAGGUUUAAUUUAUCUUCACAAGAAUGGCCAUAUUCAUCGUGAUGUGAAAGCAGGUAAUCUCUUGAUGGAUCAGCAAGGUACAGUCCUUCUGGCCGAUUUCGGUGUGAGUAGCUCUCUUGCAGAAAAUGGUGAUGUUCGUAAAACCUUUGUGGGAACACCCUGUUGGAUGGCACCCGAAGUCAUGGAACAAGCAGGUUAUGAUUAUAAAGCGGACAUCUGGAGUUUUGGUAUCACCGCAUUAGAAUUAGCCACCGGUCAUGCACCCUUUGCCAAAUUCCCUCCUAUGAAAGUCCUGAUGAUGACACUUUCCAACGCACCUCCAACCUUGGAUCGAGAAAACGCCAAACACAAAUUCUCUAAAUAUUUCAAGGAGAUGAUUGAUUUGUGUCUUCAAAAGGAACCCAAUAAGAGACCUUCUGCCGAGAAGUUAAUCAUUCAUCCCUUUUUCAAGCAGGCCAAAAAGAGAGAUUAUCUGGUCAAAUCCGUUUUAGCAAACGUACUCCCCUUGGACAAGAGACCUCAUCGAAAGAUACCUCAUAAAAAAAUCGCAUUCCAAACAACAGAACAAUGGGACUUUGAUGAUACCCAGACUGAGAAUCAACCCAUAGACACUAAACCCAUCCUCACAGCCACUCCUCAAGAUACUCCCUCUCUGGACCGUUCAAAGUCUACAGUUCAAUUCGAUGAAUGUCCCAAACCCAACCUUGUGAAAACAUCAAGUAUUCAUGCUUCCCCUAUCGACACAAUAGAUACUCCCAAGAAACACAUUUCAUUUGGAGAAGCCGUCAUCAAGGACCCUUCCUCUAGCAGCUCCAGAUCUGUCAUGUCGCCUGUAGUCGAAAGUCCUUCUCCUAUCUUGAGUGAACCUGCUGGCGUAGCUGUAAGUUAUCCACCACCUACACUAUCCAGUGCUCCCUUAUCCAAGAAAUCUCGCUUUGUUAUCCAAGACAGUGCUCCCUCUUCCGCUCAUUCAUCGCAUAUUUCUCCUGCUGCCGCUGUGGAAUUACACACACCUCCCAUGUCUGCCACAGAAUUAUCUCAUACAGGUGUUGGAUUAGGUAUUUGUACUUCUCCAACAAACACUGUCAUCACCAAUAUGAAUACGGUCUCUACCAUCAACAACAGCACACCCUCCUCUGCUGCAGCUGCGGCUGCUGCCGUAGGUGGUGGAUUACAAGAAGGAGAAUUUAAAAAGGGACGAUUUAGCGUGAAUCAAACACCUACACGUCCUGCUACACCUGUGGAGGAUUUACCAGCCAAUGAUUUAUAUAGAACAACACCCAUGUCGCGUGCUACAAGUCAAGAUAGCUUUCAAGAACGUAAAUCACGUUUUGAAGUGAAACAAAAGAGUAACCAUGGGCAGGAUCCAGCCACACCUUUACAAAGUUUCCCCUUGACGCGUGAAAAUUCCAAUGUCUCCACAAGAGAAGGUACAGUGAGUAAUAAAGUAAGUCGAUUCUCGAUCGAAAAACCCGAUGGAACUUCGACACCAGCAACGCCAGCCUCCACUGCAGCACUUUCUCCCGAAUGUCGAAAGAAGGGACGAUUUGAAUUAACGGGCGGAAAUGAUAGUAGUAAAGAAUUUAUCAAUAUGUUGGAAUCCCCACAAUCGACAGUCGCUCCAUCUCCCGUGAUAUCCCCCUGUAAUUCCAUUUCGCGAGGUCAAGCACAUCGUAUCUUGGACCCUUCGAUGCCAAAUAUGGUGUAUUCACAUAUGGAAAAUUUGCUGAAACAGACGGAAAUUCAAAAAAAUAUGUUGCAUGAUUUAUUAGCUACCAUGCCCAUUAUGUAUACAAAUCCUACUAAUGCUUCACGUAGUCGUACGAUUUCUGAUUCUAAAAAACCUUCUUCUAUACCACCAUGUGAAGAUUUCUAUCAGAGGUAA